GUUUUAUACACUAAUAAUGUUAAUGUAAUUGACAUUUAUCGAUCAAAAUAGAAAGCGUAUAAUAUAUAUUUAUCCUGUUUGUAUAUUGCUGUAGUUGUGAUUACGGAUUUGGAAGUUAUUUUUACUAAAUUUGCUCAGAAUGUUUAGCGUUCCAGAAUAUUCGCCUAACAUGUCACAGAGACUGUCUCGGGUGUUGGAUGAUAUUGGAGUGAACGAGAGAAUUGUACUUAAGAGAAGACGGGCGAACAUUCUAAAUGAAAUAAAUGAUUCACUAACCAACGCAAUGCUUCAGGAUGAGGACACUUCUACUUACUGGUUGGGGAGUAGAACAGAAGGUACAACAACACCAGGACUGCAGUCAGACGUUGAUAUUUUGACUUGCAUGCGAGAUUACAAUGUUAUACAGGACUUGGAGAAAUUGCAACCUGACUGUACCAACCUCCUCAUUGUCAAUACGGAAUCAAUGUCACCUGGUUACUGCUAUCUGCAAGUGAUACAAGAUGAGUCAUCAACUCCUGUUGAAGAUUUAUCAAAUGAUAACUUCAUAACUGAUGUACAUGGACGUGUAUUUCUUAAAAACACGAAAGUCAAUGCUCCCGUAGAUCUUGUAUGUGAAUAUUUACAAGAUAUGCAUGGUCCUUCAUUAGCUCUUAGUUUGGAAGGUACAUGUGAUAUGGAUCUAGUUUCCGCCUUCCCAUGUUCAUCUUGGCCGCAGUCAGCAGUCAACUUGUCAGAGUCAAGACAGUGGCCAACAGUUGAAAUGCAGGUAUACGCAGAGAGCAGCGGAUGUUUACUUGUACCUGUUGGCAGUAACAUUGGAGAAAAUACAGAAUAAGAAUGGAGAAUAUCUACUUGUUUGGCUGAGAGGUGCAUGAUGUUUAAUUUAAACAUCACACAAAUUCGUUGUUACGUUUUAAUGAAGAUGUUGCUUAAAACAUAUAUCAACCAAAAGGAUGAAGAUAAUAUUUCAAGUUUUAUGUGUAAAACAAUACUUUUACAUCUUGCCAAAAACUUAAGAUCAAAUAUUUGGCAAGAAAACAAUUUGUUCAAAUGUUUAUCGAUUUACAUAUCAGCAUUACAAAAUUGCAUAUCAAAUGGACAGUGUCCACACUUCUUUAUACCGGAAAACAAUCUGAUGGGCAGAAAGUUUUCGACAGAAAUCAAACUCAUUCUCACUGAAAGAGUGCAGCAACUGAUAUAUAGUUAUGGACAAGCUUUGCUUGGAAUUGAGAUAGAUGAACUUGGACAGAGAAUACUCAGCAGUGUGAACAGUCUGCAUCGAAUAGAAAAAACUGUGGCACCGAACGGAAAAAGCAAAGAAGUGAUUGCAGGAUCAUUGUCUAGAGAUGUUUUUGAUAGACACGAAAGUCAUUUACAAACUUUAGCACAACUACAUAAAUUGGAUUUCAGUGAUGUAUUUGCAAUUACGUCCCUUUUGCAUUGUAUAUCUAAACUUACUGUCUGCAACAAACAAGCAAACAGCUUAGAAAAGUUAGCAGUGAGAUUGUUGGUUCCACUGCUAUACUCAACACUUGGUUCUGUUAUAGCAUCAUGCAACACUGGCUUUGACAGAUGUGUACCAGAAGGAGCACUUGCUUUAUUUUUAGCAGGUAUACGAUCAGACAUAUUAUCCGGUUGGUUGAAACUUGCAUCUGCACUUUACUGCUCAGGAGAAUACGAAAAGACAGAAAUUAUACUAAGGAUCAUUGGAGGACAGCCUGAAAUAAACUCUGCACAGGUGAUAUGCGGCUGUUACAACCCAGGAGACCCUGCCAUUUAUGCAGAACUUGCAAGAGUUUCUAACGAACGCAAUGAGGAAGCUGCAAGACAGGCUAUAACAAUUUGCAUCAAGUUUUUACCAUCCGAAAUGAACUGCGUUCCACAUGAACUGCUGUACGAAAUGUUCAGAUCUACAGAGGAAGAUAUACAGAACAGGUCUGAUUUUGAAAUCUGGAUGGACUGGGCUGUGGUUGAUUGUGUUUCCUACUUGUAUUUCCUACAGUACAAGACAUACGGACAUCUUAGAAAACGUGCGGAACAGCAACGUGCACUCAGAAACCUUGCGAAAACAAUAGACGCAGAUUUUCGUCUACGUCACAGGGAAACAGCCCUGAAUCUUCUAGGACAAUGUCUAGAACAUGAAGGUAGAGGUACGCAUGCUCUUCAAUGUUAUAUGAGGUCAAUAAAUAUCAGGGAAAGAAACAAUGCAGCUAGAAUGCAUAUAUGCAUGUUGCUGUCAAAUCUCAUCAACAGAAAUUAAGUAAAUAAGGCUACUGAAGUUAUUUGUAGUGGUUUUUCAAACAGUGUAACGUAAAAAUAGAUUGAUCCACCCUCCUGCAGCGCCUGUAUAUGGCCUUGACAGUGCUGUUAUAAAUGUUUUAAGAAAAUUUUUUAUGUCGGACAAAACGCACAUAAUGCUGGAAAAUAUAGCAGUUUUGCAUUCCUGUGUUUCUUGCAUUUGUUGCUUUCUUUAAGAAUCUGGUCAUAUUUGUGAAAUAAAUGUGCCUAUAUAUUCUGUUUUCUUGCUAUAUUUAUCACUUACUGUGUUUAUCAAACCUUUGUUAUCAGUCAUUUUAUUUUAGUCAUCUUUGGACUGAAUACCUUGCAAUUAUGAUCGGAUGCCAGCUUUUGAGUCAGCAUCGAAGGGUACAAAUAGAUAGGACUUCAUCGCCUCAUUUCGGUGCACAGUUACAGACAUAUCAUAUUACGAAGUACUUCCGGUGUGGGUUAGCCUCAGUGCCAUCACGAAUCUACAUGAUAAAUAUGAAUCAAAUUCAUCACAGUUCAAUAGCUAUAAUGACCAACUUUAUUACUUGGGUCAGCAAGUGGCUCAACAAUAUAACUCACGGGUGAAGCUGCUUAUUCUGAUAUAUUGAUUGCAAGAUACUGAAAUGAAUUAUGCAUGUUUACAAAUGAAAAACUAUAGUUUUUAUUAAACCUGACAUAUUUUAUUUUGAUUUUCUUAAGUUCUGUUAAAAUUGUACCUUACUAGACCAUACUGAUAAACAUACCCUGUAAGCUGAGGUGGGUAUUAACAAUUAUAGUUCGAUGUCCUAUGUCACCGGCAUUGUACAAUUAUAUAGUACUCUAUAAAUAGGCACAUGUACAAUGAAUUCAAUAUAAUAUAUAGAUAAAGCUCAAUCGAAAAAAAGAUUGCAACAGCUGUGUGAGAGUGUAGUUGUAGUUAAUGAAGCAUCACUUUCUUACGAAAUAACCAACGCUCUUUUUUUUCUUUUCUAUACCAGUAGUAGAGAUGUUUUUCUUUAUAGGAAU